AUGGCACCAAAGGCAGAGAAAAAGCCAGGGGAGAAGAAGCCCGCAGAGGAGAAGAAAUCAACUGUGGCAGACAAAGCUCCGGCGGAGAAGAAGCUGAAGGCUGGAAAGAAGCUUCCGAAGGAGGGAGGAGUCAGCGCUGAGAAGAAGAAGAAAAGAAGCAAGAAGAGCGUUGAGACUUACAAGAUCUACAUCUUCAAGGUUUUGAAACAGGUUCACCCUGACAUUGGUAUCUCCAGCAAGGCUAUGGGCAUCAUGAACAGCUUCAUCAAUGACAUAUUCGAGAAGCUUGCCCAGGAAUCUUCUAGACUUGCCCGUUACAACAAGAAACCCACCAUCACUUCGAGGGAAAUUCAGACCGCGGUGAGGCUUGUGCUGCCGGGAGAAUUGGCCAAACAUGCAGUCUCAGAGGGCACCAAGGCUGUUACCAAGUUCACAAGCUCUUGA